AUGACUGCUGACACUUUCUGGGGAGAUGAUGGGGGUGCAGCUUGGGCUGAAUCCUCCAUCGGGGCUGCCACAGAGUGGUUCAAGACCUGUGGCAAGGCAAGCUGGGUUAAACCUGUCAAGAGCAGUGAGCUGCUGCUGUACAGAGGACCCAUCUCAGGGUCUAAAGCAGGAGGCCGGUCCCUGAGGUCAGAGUGCAGCUGCAGCAGCAGCAUCUUCAUCAUGAAGAAACUCAGCCUCUGUGUGGUCGCAGCGUCUCUGCUCUUUUACACAGGGGAGUCUGCAGAUACAACGGUGACCUGUGGGGCCCAUGUGCACCGCCUCAGCUGUGACAAUGGCGUGAUCAGUGUGGAUAAAGCGUUCUACGGCCGUGCAGACUCUGACACCUGCGCUGGCGGAAAGACCCCAGAAGAGGUCGCCAACACAGCCUGCUCCCACGCCGACGCACUCCAGGUGCUCCAGACCAGGUGCAAUGGAAAAGAGUGGUGUGAGCUGAAUGCCGGUGUGUUUGCGGCGGACCCCUGCAGUGACACAUUCAAAUACAUGAAGACGUCGUACUCCUGCGUCCCGGCCAUUCAUCGUGUUGUGUGUGAGCACUCCAUGGCCCAUCUGCAGUGUGGUAAGUCACAAGAGCAGCCCCCUGACAUCCACCAUUAUCCAAACUCCACUUUUACACCAAAAUGUUUAUGCCGAGCCCAAACAAGUGGUGGUUUCUUUUCAGAUGCUGGUCAAACCAUUAAAGUCCUGGGAGCAGACUUUGGCCGCAGAGAUCAUGUGACCUGUGCCUUCAGACGGGACCCGGCUCUGGUCCAGAAGAUCGACUGCUCCAACCCCGCCCCUGUCGUGGCCGAGAAGUGUGAUGGGAAGAACCAAUGUGAGGUGCGGGUGUCAGAGAUGGUGGUGGAGCAGAGCUGUGCAAACACAUCUCUGUAUCUGGAGUACUCCUACACCUGCAGCUAAAGACACUAUGCUGCAAAAUGAACGACCUGAACCUCAAAUAAAAGUUCAAACACA